ACACUAGCACGCGCGCCCCAGUUUCCCCGUUUUAUAUAGCGAUUUAGCUUCCUCACCCCCCUCCUCCUCCUCCGCGAAUUCAGCACUGAACAGCUCCUUUCGCGCAUAACGACAUGAGAAGAAAUCUAACAAGCUCGAUAGAAUUCAUUGCACCCGAACACACUGAAAUCUUUAAAUGCGUCUAUUGUUCUCCUGCAAGUGUUGAGUUCUCGCCGACUCAGCUGAUGGGACAGAACGGGCGCAGCUUUCCGUGACACGAGUGGCAACAAAAGCGAGUCGUGUCUUCCCUCUACAGUGCGUUACAAGCUUUACUCUGCAGAUCUGAGUGAAAGACGGAGCAUAUGCGUGUAAAAAUAUGCAUGAAUGAGCUUGCUGGUUACUGUGCCCUUUUGGGGUUAUCGACACGUCAUCACGAUCUGUGAGGGAUUGGCCGCUUUUCCGCUUCCUUUUUAUUUCUUUCUCGUAAUCUGCAAACGCGGCCAGUCUUCGCCACCCGAACGGAAGGAUUCCCACAGUUGUGGAAGGGUGCCUCCCGAGGGAACCUUGAAAUCCGUCCGUGGAAGAGGAAUGAGCGCAAUAUAAAGGCAACGGUGAUACGCAAUUCGCCGACAGCCGUCAUCAUCUCGUCCUCUUUUUUUUUUUUUUUUUUUUUGGAGAGGAAUACACUUUUUAAAAGGACUAAAUGAGCGCCGGGUCUUCCGAAAGCCUGGCGCUUUCGAUUCCACCGUGCAACCCGAAUGGCACGGCGCGCGCCAAUGGCACGUGCGCCGACCCCACCGAUCCGCUCUUCCGUUCCUUUUCGUCCACGAUGGUGCUCUUAGUGCUUGUGGCGAUGAUCGCCGGCACUAUCCUGGUCUCCCUCGCCACCUUUCACUUGCACAAGAGCAAGCUGAGGAAGCGCAAAAUGCAGAAAGCACAGGAGGAGUACGAACGCGACAGCGGCCGCCCCAAAGCCGUGCUCGGGAAGCCGGAGAUCAGGCACUGCGUAAUGGAGAGACCAACGGCGGUGCAGAAAAGCGAUCUAAACUCGAAAAUAUCGGAUAAAGAAGCCACCGACAGCGCAGGCAUCCCAGAGAAAGAGUGCGCAGAUAGUACGAGACAUACAAGCCAGAUGCGUGCUGAUCACCUGUUGGAAUCCGUCGCGGUGUCUUGAUUAAUGCGAUGCCAUCCCAAUCAUUUGACUCUGUAAAUACAUCCCGUGUUUUCGUAUAAUUAUAUUACACGGGGAGAUGCAGACCUCUAUACGCAUGAACAGUGCUAUGUCUUCUUCAGCUUCAGGAGGGAGGAGCCCGGUGGAAACAAUAGACGCGUGCUUAAAGGCCAAUAGAUUUAUAACGAUUUAUAAGAUAAUGUGUGAGGAUUGUAUAGAUCUUCUUUCAUCCAUGUGAAUAAAUAGACUCCCACCUCUAAAACAAGGAUUGCCUGCUAUACAAUUGUCAUCUGGAUCGCCAGAGUUGAUGGAUGAUGUGGACCAAUCUGUAAUAUUUGAUUAGGAGUAGGCGACAUGCUGGAUGAUAUAUUUGUUUUCAAAAGUCAGGUAUGAUUUAAUGAUUGAAUUGAGGAUAGAAAUAUCGUGAAUUUCUGUAUGUAAGAGCUGAAAUAAGGACUAAUACAAACAACUGGGCAUGUAGACUUUUUCCUCAUACUUCCUGGUACAGAUUUUAGAGUAUUUCUAUACAAUCUGCUCAGCAAGGUCCCCAGUGUUCACACCCACAGUGUAGAAAUUUAAAUUAACAUUUGAUUUAUGAAUGAACUCUUACAUAUUUCAUUUGCAUCCAGAUAGAAUAACCUAAUAUGGAGGACGAUGGUAUGAUGCAACACUGUGGAUUUUGCUGUGCACCUUUAUUUAUAGCUGUCUAUUGAAAAAAUAUGUAUUGAUGUUAGGCAAAAUUGUGAUCUAAGUUUAUGUCAAGUAUAGGCCUAAGAUCAGGUGAGAGCUGAGAACUUUCUCUGAAAGCUUGGCAUGAAGAAGUGUAGUAGUUUAGCCCCUUUCCCUGAGACUGUUAGUGCACUAUUGCAGCUCCUAGUGGUAGUAUUAAAAGCAUCUUCAUGUUUUGGUCAGAGUGCUGUAAGUCCCAUAGCGAUAUACAAUAUAUUUCCAGAGGUAUUUUAGUUAUGUAUUAUGCUAAGGCUUUGGCUCAUUGCUUUCAUCUUUGCAUUUUUGCUCAAGAUUAAUCUAAAGCUAACAAUUAACUAUUUUAUUAUAAUACGAUUAUAUCUAAGGAAUGUCAUUUAAAAUCUACAGUGAAUAAGAAUUUUUCCAGAAGUUAUUUUCUGUAUUUCGUUGACGUUGUGUUUAACCAUAAGGAGACAUUUAAUAUAACAUUGUAAUGAA